AAUAUGCAAUGUUGAAUGUGUGUUCAAGUCGCUGUGAAAGUACAGGCGUGGUACUCCAACUCCUGCCAGUUCAACAUGGCGGUUGUCAGGUUACUCCGGGUGGUGGUGCUGGCUGGGUGGAUGCAACUGUUAUUGGGUUCCUGCCCAGCUGGACAGUUUGGAGACUCCUGCAGCUACUCCUGCAACUGUGGGACAUCAUGUAACGCAACAACAGGUGCUUGUUCUGAUGACUGUGACACUGGAUGGAGGAAGGCAGGGGGUCUCUGCCAGAAACAAAACAUUGCACUGAACAAAUCAGCAUCAACGACAUCUAGGUCGUAUGGUAGCUGGUACCCAUCAAAGGCUGUGGACGGAGACAGUGACAUAACUGGUGAGAGCAGAACCUGUUUCCACGCGGCUGGAUCUCCGUCAGACUGGACAGUGGAUCUGGGCUGGGACUACCAGCUGUAUGACAUCAGAAUCUACAGCAGACGUAACUUCUACUUUAGAAACGCUAACUCUAACAUCUACCUGAACAACGACUCGUCAGCUGUCUGCUCCACCCUCCCUAGUCCAUCCACCAACCCCAACCCAACUGACCUAACCUGUAACGGUACCGGCAGAAACGUCACCAUCAGGAACCCGAGGACAGGACCUGGAGACAGUGAUGCACUCAACAUUUGUGAGGUGGAAAUCUAUGUCUGCAGUCCAGGAAUCUACGGGGUGAACUGUAAUACGUCAUGUCACUGCCUGGAUUCCACCUGUGAUCGCUGGACUGGAUUCUGUCCUGGAGACUGUAGACCUGGGUGGCAGGGACAGAGAUGUGAUACAGCUUGCAACUAUACCAGUUAUGGUACAAACUGCAAUAAAUCAUGUGCCGAGCGGAAGUGUGAAGCUACAAAUCCAUCAUGUGACCAUCACACUGGAGCAUGUGACACAGGGUGUCUUCCUGGUUGGAUAGAUGAGGACUGCACACAAGAAUGUACCAAUGGAACAUAUGGUGCUAAUUGCACCAGUCUUUGCUCUGACAGACGCUGUGCGGGGAACUCAUCAUGUAAUCACGUGACAGGGUCAUGCGAUUUGGAGUGUGGAGAUGGCUGGAUGGGUGUUGACUGCAAAACAGAACAAGAUCUCACACAAGUCCCUAGUCAGCAGUUUGAAGCCACCUCCUUUCCCUACCCCGCUGUAGUAGGAGCUGUUGUCAGCAUGGUGGUGAUCCUGGUUGUUGUCCUUGCAGUCAUCCUGAUCAGAAGAAGACGUGGGACACGUAAAGGACGCCUCACACACCAGCAAGUCAUUGCUGACAAGUCGAAACCCACACAAGUGGAAGACAUCGGGAUGUACAUGAAUGUCGGAUUUGAUGAAGACGAGAAACCAGCGUUGUCUUCAAAGAAUACAUCAGCUAAACAAACAACUGUUCGUAGCCAGGAUAAACCACAAGGUGAUUUUGCUGUGGACGAUGUGUAUACGAUGGUGAUCAAGGAUACAGGUAAAAAUGAAAUAGAUCAUCAUGACCUCGAGAGAGUAGAGGAGGAGGAAGACUAUGACGUCUCUGCCCAUGCUGUACAGGUUGAGGACACACCAGACAGAAACUACUACAACCUGGACGAUGCUGGACUUGGUCACGUGAUUCCCGUCUCAGAGUUCCAGACAAGAGUGGAAGAAAUGACACCAGCAAGGGCAGAAGAGGAAUUUAGGCGACUUCCUAAUGGUUUCACCCACUCCUAUGACGAAUCUCAACAACCCAGAAACAAAGGAAAGAACAGGUUCAGAGGCUAUUACCCAUAUAACUACAACCGCGUGGUGCUGUGCGACGUCAGUGACGACAGAGACAACGACUACAUCAACGCCAGCUACGUCAGUGGAUAUAAAGCAGAAAAGCGUUACAUAGCGGCACAAGGCCCCUACAGACCGGAAGUAGUGGAGGAUUUCUGGAGGAUGAUCUACCAGGAGGAAUGUACCACAGUUGUCAUGGUGACGGAACUUGUAGAGGCAGGGAAGAUGAAGUGCCUCCAGUACUGGCCAGAACAAGGAACUCUCACUUACGGUGACAUCUCAGUUACCAAGGAGACAGAAACACAACUAGCAAACUACACAGUCACAGAAUUGUCUGUUUACAAUGAAAAGGAAGGCAAGAUACACCAUGUUCACCACUUUUACUUCACAAGUUGGCCGGACCAUGGUGUACCCGACACUUCCGCCUUGCUGGAGUUUAUGUCGAGGGUCAAGGUCACUACAAGACGUCAAACACAGCCUAUCAUAGUUCACUGCAGCGCCGGUGUAGGCCGGACUGGUACGUACAUCGCUAUAGAGAGUCUCGUGGAUCAGGCAGCGGUAGAGUGCUCUGUAGACGUCGUCAGUUUCGUCUCUAACAUGCGAGGCCAGAGGAAGAACAUGAUACAGACUAAAGAGCAGUACCUGUUCUUGUACCAGGCCGUGGCUGUGGCGGUGUCCGAGGGGGACACAUCAUUUGACUCUGCCGUCAUCCUACAGAUAGACCUCAGUCAUGUGUCUGCAGUUACCAUGGGUAACAAAUCUGUACAGGAACACCUUGAGGCUUUGGAAAAUGAAUCUGAAAGAGGUCUUACAGGAGAUCCUAUUACCAUAGUAGCGUCGUACACAUCAAGGAAGGGAUUCUUCCUAGUAACGUCACACCCAGACAAAGAGGAAGUGUGGAAUCAGGUGUAUACUAGCGACUCUCGCACCUUGAUAACAUGGGCUUCAGAUCAACUGAUCCACCUCCCGUCAACUGACAGUACUGUCUCUUCAUCGAGGCUGACAGCAAGCAUUCACACAUCUGAAGUUAUAUCAAAUGAUGUUAUCCUCAACACUAUUGAUCUUACAGUAAAUGAUGAUGUCAGCACACCCAUACAACACUAUCAUUUGACCGGAAGUGCACGUGACCCAAGUGUUACUCUGUUGGUUGACAGCUUACUGACAUGGACGAGUGACCCACAACGAGGCUCAUGCACAUUGGUUUCAGAGUCUGUGAGCGAGGCUAGGCUGCUGGUCCUCCUGGUGAAUAUCGCCAGCAGACUGAAGGACGACGGCAGGGUGGACGUCAUCAGCAACUUGCGACGUCUACAGUCAAGUCUCGGUGGACCUCCAUUCUCCCAGGAUGAUGUCCGCCUGUGUCUGGAGUUCGCUCAAGGACGACUGGAAUCUCUUGGACUUUAUGCCAACAUGUAAAGCAUUUGCUUACUUACAGUAGGAAUGUGCAAUAGCAUUCUGAUUAAUGUAUCUGAGGUUUCCGCAAUACAGCUAAUGCAAGUGGACAUCGUGUUUGUUAACAGACUAAAAUAUAUUUGCAAUUAGCUGCAAAUGACAAUACAAAAGUAUGUUUUCCUGAAGGUUUACGACAAAAGUAAGAAGUAUACAGGAUAUCAAAUACAUGUAUUAACGUCUUUUCAAUGAUCAUUUUGUUGUACAUAUACCAUUUUCUAAAUUGUAUGAAUUAUGAAGCUUUCAGCACUGGUUUCACAAAAAAUACUUUGUAUUGAACUUUAACCAACUACGAACUUGUCUUUCAUUCGUUUCCAUUAAUUGUAUUUCAACUGAAUUACAAGACUGGGUAUUAUAAUGAUGUUAAAACCAUGUGCACUGUUUUUUCUUCAGCAUGGCAUAAUGGUAUCCAUACACACGUUUACAUGUAGGGUGUAUUUAACUCAUAAGGCGACUGGCUUCUAAAGUCAAUUCUUUACAUUUUUUUGUGACUGAUGUUUCUUUUCAAACAUUGAACCUCGAAGCUAGUUGAAAUGACAAAUUAUAGUGUCUCGAAAUGGAUUUAAUAUCAUUAGAUCUAAAAAGGAAGCCAUAAAUAUGACAUACAACCAAAGUAUGCCACAACAAUCUAAAAUUGUAAUUACAGACGGAAAAUAAAUAAAAAAGGGGAAUUGAACACAUAAUGCGAGACAUGGGAAUAGUUGUUGUUAAUCAACAAUAUCUAUCUAUCACAUCCAGUAGUAAUGAUCCCUUUUGUAACCUGGUGUAAGUAGAGUACAGAGAUAUAACGAAUUAGGUAGUCCACAUUCACGUCACUUCUUUUAGGUGAAUAAAUUAACAAGGUGCUCCUUUGUAGUAAUAUAUCGACGUUACACGCAUUACUAUGUUUAUGCACAUACAAUUAUCUUCAUCUGUUACAUAAAAAACAGCAAUAAAUAUAGCCUAGAUGCAUGUAAAAACAGUCACCAGCAUUGUGUCAAAAUAUGUAUUACUGAUGAUGUGAUCAUGUUGUGUUAUCAAAUGUUGAAAUAAUAUAUUUUCAUGUUUAGUCACGCAGUUUAUAUGCCUUCCUGUAAAUGCUGCAGUUCAGUUUCUCAUAGUAUACUGACAUCUGAUUGUAAUAUACUAAAACAUUGCAAGAGUGAAUCUAAUGAAAUCUUUCGCAACACUAGUAUUGCAUACAGUGCUAGACUAUUUGUUUUGCUUUUCUUUUUAUUAUCGAAGUUGUGCUGAGGAAUCCUAAACUGUAACGCCGACAAAGUGUAAAUAAAGAAAAAAAAGACAG